AUGGACGCCAGCGUCUACCUCAAGAAGCAGGGCUGGCGGGGCCUCGGACACACGCUGCACCCCUCCGACGACUCGUCCGGACUGGCGCGUCCGCUGCUGCUCUCGCGCAAAGACGACAAGCAGGGCCUCGGCACCGAUUCCGUUCACAGAAAGGCGGCCGCGACCGACCAGUGGUGGCUCGACGCCUUCGACCAGCAACUGAAGAACCUGGGCACGCCGGGGACGGGCUCGAGCACAAAUGGCACGGCCACGCCGACGCCGGCCGGGCCGACACGGCUCGAGAUGCUGAGCGGCAACAAGGGCUAUAGCAAAUACCGCGGAGCGUACGGGCUGUACGCCAACUUUGUGCGGGGCGGCACGAUUGACGGCACGAUGGAUGCAGAGGUCGCGAAGACGAGCUCGACGAGUGCGACGAGUGCGACGAGUGCUACGAGUGCCACGAGCGGCAGCGAGGCGAGCACCGCCGAGACGACACCCGAGCGGGAUGACACGAUAAAGCCCGGCAUGACGACGACGGGGAAGCGGAAACGACGUGAAGACGACGACGAGACAAGAAAAGAAGAGAAAACGGAAAAGAAGCGGAGGAAACAAGGAUCCGACAGCAAGGAGGCGCGGCGGGCACAAAAAGACGAGGCGAAGCGGAGAAAGAAAGAAGAGAAGAGGACGCGGAGGAGAAUAGAAAAGGCUGCAGAAAAAGCGGCCAAAAAGGCGGCCAAGAGGGAAGCGAGAGCGGCCGAAAAGGCAAAAGAAAAGGAGGCCAAGAUGGCUGCCAAAAAGGCCGCGAAGAAAGAGGAGAAGGCGCUGAGGAAGGCGGCCGAGAAGGCGCCAAAGGCACAGAAAGUGGCCAAGGCCAGCGCAUAG